AUGCCCAUGCGCAUUGCACUGCAUGCUGUCAGUAAGACAGAUACUGAAGGGCAUUGGAAGAUUGUUCACACGUCACGAAGCAUUCACCACAAUCACGAACCGUCCCGGGACAUUCGUGCUCAUGCUGCUGUCAGGCGCCGUGCUGCUCACAAGUCCCAGGAACAAACGUCGGUGACAACGUCCGACCUGGUGGAGAUCCAGACUGCUGCAGGGGUUGCUGUGUCGACAAUUCAAGCCACGCUUCUAAGUGCCGAUCGAGGCUCUCUCGUGAUUGUCAAGGACAUCGCCAACACAAAGCGUGCUGUCCGAAGGCGUGACCUAGCUUCUCAUACAGCGAUAGAAGCUCUAUUCGUUGAGCUUCGAAAGCACAACUUCUUUCACAAGUGGCGUUUCAAUCCCGAAACAAGCGAGUUAACCCACCUCACAUGGGCUCAUCCGGACACCACUGAGCUUUUCAAGCUUCACCACGAUGUGUUAGUUGCCGACUGCACCUACAAGACGGACAAGCAUCGAAUCCCGCUGCUCAACAUCAUUGUGGUAACCGGAGCUAAUACGGUUCUUCAUGUGGCUCAAUGCUGGCUUUCUGGAGAGAAAGAGGAAGAUUUCGUGUGGGCUUUUAACAUGCUACGUCUCUUCAUGAUUGAGAACGAUAUUGAACCUCCCAAUGUUAUUCUCACUAGAACAAGAACGUGGAGAGUAUGGCCAGAAAGCACUUAG